UGGCUGCAUAGAAAAAUCAUGUCGGAUAUGCGAAAUACGAUGCUGAUUGGAUCAGAGGGAAUUAAGAAGACCAUUCUGCAUGGAGGAACAGGAGACCUUCCCAAAUUUAUAACUGGAACAAAGGUGACAUUCCACUUCCGCACACAGCUUUGUGAUGACGAACGUACGGUGAUAGAUGACAGCAAAAAGGUCGGGACGCCUAUGGAAAUAGUGAUUGGCAACAUGUUUAAACUGGACAUCUGGGAGACCCUGCUAUCGUCCAUGAGGAUCGGGGAAGUGUCCGAGUUUUGGUGUGACACUGUUCACACGGGUGUUUAUCCGCUUGUGUCCAAAAGCAUGCGACGCAUUGCAGAAGGCAAAGACCCAGUAGAGUGGCAGGUCCACACAUGUGGAAUGGCCAACAUGUUUGCAUAUCACAGCCUGGGCUACGAUGACCUGGAUGAUCUGAUGAAGGAACCAAAGCCGCUCUUCUUUGUCCUGGAGCUGCUGAGGGUGCAGCAGCCCAGUGAGUACAACAGGGAGUCAUGGGCUCUGAGUGACGAGGAGAGGCUGAAGGCAGUCCCUGUGCUGCACGGCCAAGGAAACAAGCUGUACAAACAGGGACACUACCAUGAAGCUACGCAGAAAUACAAAGAGGCCAUCAUCUGCAUUAAGAAUGUCCAGACCAAGGAAAAAGCAUGGGAUGUCCCAUGGCUGAAGCUUGAGAAGAUGGCGAACACUUUAACGCUCAACUAUUGCCAGUGUCUGCUCCGCAUGGAGGAGUACUAUGAGGUCAUCGAGCACACCACUGAUAUCAUCAAUCAGCAUCCAGGAGUUGCAAAGGCUUUCUACCUGCGAGGGAAGGCCCAUAAAGAAGUAUGGAAUGAGGCAGAGGCCCGGCAGGACUUCAGUAGGGUGCUGGACCUCGACCCCGGCAUGAAGAAGUCCGUGAAGAAGGAACUGGCGGUGCUCAACAUGCGCAUGGAGGAAAAGAACCAGGAGGACAGGAACAAAUACAAAGGCAUGUUUUGACCUGAAGACUGAAAACGUAUCUUGUUUUUUUUAUUAUUAUUCUAACCGACACAAACGGUGACCUCAACACUGCCCGAGGUCUACAGGUCUGCAGAUCAAUACCUGGAAAACGAAUAAGAAAAAUUAGACAUUUAACUUUUCAGUAGUGUUUAUGUUUUUACACUUGCCAUAAAAUGUGAACAUAACUAAAAGGUUAAAUCAAAAAGUAUAGAAAGUG